AUGGCGCAACUCGACACCCUCGACAUGGUCGUCUUGGUCGUCCUCCUCGUGGGCUCCGUCGCUUAUUUCAGCAAAGGAGUCUACUGGGGGAUCCCCAAGGACCCGUAUGCGACCUCCGGCGCGGCGAUGAAUGGCGCCGCCGCGGGUGGAAAAUCACGCGACAUCAUCGAAAAGAUGGACGAAACGGGAAAAAACUGUGUGAUCUUCUACGGUUCGCAGACUGGAACGGCCGAAGACUACGCCUCCAGACUCGCCAAGGAAGGUUCGCAGCGAUUCGGCCUUAAGACCAUGGUGGCGGAUCUGGAAGACUAUGACUACGAAAACCUGGACAAGUUCCCCGAGGAUAAGGUCGCUUUCUUCGUUCUCGCCACCUAUGGUGAGGGAGAGCCGACCGAUAAUGCGGUGGAAUUCUAUCAGUUCUUUACCGGUGAAGACGUCGCCUUUGAGAGUGGCGCCGCCGCCGAGGAGAAGCCUCUGUCCUCCCUCAACUUUGUCACUUUCGGUCUCGGUAACAACACCUACGAGCAUUACAACGCGAUGGUCCGUCAGGUCGAUACAGCUCUUCGGAAUCUCGGCGCCAACCGUAUUGGAACUGCGGGUGAAGGCGACGACGGCGCCGGCACCAUGGAAGAAGACUUUUUGGCCUGGAAGGAACCUAUGUGGACCGCGCUCUCCGAGGCGAUGAGCCUGCAGGAGCGCGAGGCCGUCUACGAGCCCGUGUUCAACGUCGAGGAAGAUGAGUCCCUCAGCCCCGAAGAUGACACCGUCUACCUCGGCGAGCCCACCCAGGGCCACCUCCAAGGCAGCGGCAACGGUCCUUUCUCCGCCCACAACCCGUUCAUCGCCCCCGUCGUCGAGUCUACCGAGCUCUUCAACGUCAAGGAUCGCAACUGUCUGCACAUGGAAAUCAGCAUCGCUGGAAGCAACCUCACGUACCAGACUGGUGACCACAUCGCGAUUUGGCCGACCAACGCCGGCGCCGAGGUCGACCGAUUCCUGCAGGUCUUUGGUCUCGAAGGCAAGCGUCAUACCGUUGUGAACAUCAAGGGUCUCGAUGUGACUGCCAAGGUUCCCAUUCCCACGCCCACCACCUAUGAUGCCGCCGUCCGUUACUACCUCGAAGUCUGUGCCCCCGUGUCUCGUCAAUUCGUGUCGACUCUCGCUGCCUUUGCCCCCGAUGAGGAGAGCAAGGCCGAGAUUGUGCGCCUGGGUAGCGACAAGGACUACUUUCACGAAAAGAUCACCAACCGGUGCUUCAACAUCGCGCAGGCUCUUCAGACCAUCACUCCCAAGCCGUUCACUGGCGUUCCGUUCUCCCUGGUCAUCGAAGGCCUCACCAAGCUGCAACCCCGUUACUACUCCAUUUCGUCCUCGUCUCUCGUGCAAAAGGAUAAGAUCAGCAUUACCGCUGUUGUCGAGUCGGUCCGCUUGCCUGGUGAAUCGCACAUCGUCAAGGGUGUGACCACCAACUACCUGUUUGCUCUGAAGCAGAAGCAGAACGGCGAUCCUUCCCCCGACGCCCACGGAUUGACCUACUCGAUCACCGGUCCCCGCAACAAGUACUAUGGUAUCCACGUUCCCGUCCACGUCCGUCACUCGAACUUCAAGCUGCCCUCCGAUCCCUCGAAACCCAUCAUCAUGGUUGGUCCUGGCACCGGUGUCGCGCCCUUCCGCGGCUUUAUCCAAGAGCGCGCUGCCUUGGCCGCCAAGGGCGAAAAGGUUGGCACGACUCUGCUGUUCUUUGGGUGCCGCAAGAGCGACGAGGACUUCCUCUACCAGGACGAAUUUAAGACCUACCAAGAGCAACUCGGCGACUCGCUCAAAAUCAUCACCGCCUUCUCGCGUGAGUCAUCCCAGAAGGUGUACGUCCAACACCGACUGCGCGAAAACUCCGAGCUCGUCAGCGACCUCCUGAAGCAAAAGGCCACGUUCUACGUCUGCGGCGACGCCGCCAACAUGGCCCGUGAAGUGAACCUGGUCCUCGGCCAGAUCAUCGCAAAGCAGCGCGGUCUCCCCGCCGAGAAGGGCGAGGAGAUGGUCAAGCACAUGCGGAGCAGCGGCAGCUACCAAGAAGACGUCUGGUCGUGA